CUACUGGAACACAAGUAUCGAUCAGUAUGGCCGUCAAGCGCUAUACCUUUGCUGGAAACCUAAUUGAAUUUCCCUUUAUGAAGCUUUACGCGUCUUGGAAACAUUUCACUGUUUCAGAAUCGCUACCCUGAGCAAACUGUAUUGUGUCUCAAUCCAGUCUGAUCAUACCAGGUAUGCUGCUGAACGCGUGAGUGGGCUGCUAAGUCUCUGAGCGUUGGUGAACCUCCACGAGGAAACAUAGUACUGGCUGGCGGAGUGUGGUGCAUGUUCAGCAACAUGACAUUCGCUGGUUUUCUCCUGAUCUGGCUAGUCGUGGCUGGGUGCACACGCACGUCUCUGGGCGUGCAAGUGACGUGUCCCAGAAUUUCUACGCAGAGCGGAGGCAGCAGUCCCGUGACACCGGGACAAAGAGUGGUGUUUCACUGCGCCUCGCCACGUCUGCCCGACAGGAGUCCCUACCUGACGUGCCAGAGCAACGGACGAUACGAUGCACCCUCUCCUGUAUGCUUGGAUCAAUGCAACCCAGUAGAGAACAACGUUUACCUGGCUGAACACGCACCAGCAGGAACCUUGCUACUGACUCUGCCAACUGCACUAACAGCGCUUAGAUCCAUCUGGACAGUACACGAUUAUCCGUCUAAGAUUGAUGAGCUGAAGUUUAGUAUUUCAGGCUACGUGCAAUUUACAUCCAACCCCGGGCAUUUGGUGGCGGCUGUGGCGGAUGCGAGUAAAUUUCUGACACCCAACACGAUCCAAAACGUGAUGGUGUCCUACAAAGUGUGUGUCUUCAAGGUGAAUGUACUGCUACGAAAUGUACCGGACAUAAACAUCAAAAACAGGUCUGCCAUACUGCAGAUUAACGGCGGUGACGGGGGAGAUGUUAAUGUGUCAACGUUGUUCGUCACAGUAUCUCAGCCAGCGAGUGACCUGACAGUGUUCUCCGUGUGUCGUGCUUCCAACGCAAGUCUUGCUGCGGUGUUCCGCGUACGCAGGCGCCACGGCAUGGAGUUUGUUUUGACUGCGAACACGUCUGGUUUGGCAGCUGUGAUACCAUCCAGUCUGAACAUCACUCUCACUCUGUGUGCCACGGACAACGCUAACGGAAGUUCCAGCUCCCCAGGCGGUAUCGACACAUACACAGCCUGGCAUAAUGCCUAUGCUGAGAUCAAUGUCACAGUUGGGCUACGUAGAGCCACGGAAUGUAUAGUUCCAGAGGCUCCGAAGAACGGGUCAUUCAACACCAACAACACUGCCUUGAGUGUUGGAGAAUGGCUUAGUGUCACCUGUGCUGGUGGGUUCCUGCAAUCCAACAACAACACUGCAGUUUCUUGCCUGGCGAAUGGCUCAUUGAGUGCCACCGUACCAAUCUGCUUAGAUGUGAACGAAUGUCAACUUGUAUUUAACAUUUGUCAUGCAAACGCUACAUGCUACAACACAGCAGGCAGCCAUGUGUGUCAAUGCAAUGCUGGUUUUGCUGGCAAUGGAAGCUUUUGUGAAGCCACUGAAUGUAUAGUUCCAGAGGCUCCGCAGAACGGGUCAUUCAACACCAACAACACUGCCUUGAGUGUUGGAGAAUGGCUUAGUGUCACCUGUGCUAGUGGGUUCCUACAGUCCAACAACAACACUGCAGUUUUCUGCCUGGCGAAUGGCUCAUUGAGUGCCAUCGUACCAAUCUGCUUAGAUGUGAACGAAUGUCAACUUGACUUUAACAUUUGUCAUGCAAACGCUACAUGCCACAACACAGCCGGCAGCCAUGUGUGUCAAUGCAAUGCUGGUUUUUCCGGCAAUGGAAGCUUUUGUGAAGCUACUGAAUGUAUAGUUCCAGAGGCUCCGCAGAACGGGUCAUUCAACACCAACAACACUGCUUUGAGUGUUGGAGAAUGGCUGAAUGUCACCUGCGCUAGUGGGUUCCUACAGUCCAACAACAUCACUGCAGUUUCCUGCCUGGAGAAUGGAUCAUUGAGUGCAACAGUACCAAUCUGCUUAGAUGUGAACGAAUGUCAACUUGACUUUAACAUUUGUCACGCAAAUGCUACAUGCCACAACACAGCCGGCAGCCAUGUGUGUCAAUGCAAUGCGGGUUUUGCCGGCAAUGGAAGCUUUUGUGAAGUUGCUUGCCCACAGCCUACCAUCAUCAAUGGAAAGUACAGCUUCUUUCCGAUAACCAAUGGGCAAAUGGUUAAAGUUGUAUGCUUCAAGGGCUACAUUGCCACUGGCUAUACAAUGCUGUACUGCACUGGCCAUGGUACCUACAAUGCCUCAGUUCCUCAGUGUCUCAAACCCUGUUAUCCGUCAUCGGUGAGCAAUGUUUACGUGACCGAAAACUCCGCAAGAGGAGCAGUGCUAGUGAAAUUAGCAAACAGUUCUGCAUAUCCGAAGUGGGUACCUACAAUUAUAGGGUUAUACAAUGGUAUGCCGGUGACUGAUCUUGCACUUGAUUGGAACAGUAGCAAUUCCUCAAAUGAAGCCGUGAUCACCUCGGUGACAGGUGCUGGUCAAUUUCUCAGUCCUAUCAUCCCCUAUCAGGUAAUGGUGAUCUUUCCCAGUUACUGUGUCCACGAACUAGCUGUACUUUGGCGUGCUUCACCCGUGAUGACUAUGGCUGACGUACAGCCACUUACAAUGAGGUUAAGGAGCAAUGGCGCUGUGAUAAAUGUGACAACAUUUCACAUCAACGUUUCCGAGCCUGCCACAGGUGUAUCAUCGUUCAGGAUCUGCGCGGUAUCUGACGCAAGUAUCUCCGCUAUGUUCAGCCUAAGUCAGAACGACAUGUUCAGUAUUAUGCUGACUGCAAAUGCGACUGGAAUUCAUGCGCGUCUCCAAAGCAGCCGUAAUGUCAGUCUGACUAUCUGCGUGAGGGAUAAUGCAGCAGGCAGGUCUGCUUCAAUGGAUAGUUUUGAGAACUUUACCUCCUGGCACAGUGGACAGGCCAACUAUAGUGUCCUGCUUCGUCUCUACAAAGGAGCAGCUUGCAAUGAGCCAUUCUUAUCCCAGAAUUCGGCACUGAAGAACCGCCAGUUCAAGGCAGGAACGGCUGCAUACGAGGAAGAUGAUGUCAUAGUUACUAGCUGCAGAGCGGGUUAUGCGGUGGACCAGGGCGACACACAGAGAACGUGUGGAGCACAAGGAACAUGGAGUGGACAGACAUUAACCUGCAAAGAUACGGAUGAGUGCCAGCUACGCUCACAUGAUUGCGAUGCGAACGCGGCAUGCAGCAACACAGUGGGCAGCUAUAUUUGCCAGUGUAGUGCAGGAUUCUCCGGAAAUGGCACAAUUUGUAAUGCAAGACUAUGCUCUAUGCUUUCCUUAACCCGGAAUGGUCAGCUCAGACCAGAUAGCCAAGUUCCCGUUGGCCAGACAGUCACUCUGCUUUGCUUCCAGGGAUAUGCAUCGGUGGGCACCACAAGAACGAAGUGCACAUUGGACGCCCAGUACUCUGACAAACUCGGCCACUGCAUAAAGUCACCACAAGCCGAAGUGCCCGAGAAACUAACCAUCAUGGAGGGCAGCGCAGUGACGAUUCCAUGCAAUGUGUCUGGAGAUGGACUCAUUGCUGUUACCUGGCAUGACAGCCAUGACCGCACCAUCAGUCCAAGUAGAACCUAUCGAAUAAACAGAGUUCCACACACGCUGACAAUACUAUCAGUGAGUCACUGGGAUGAUCACGGCAACAUUACAUGUAUGGCUGCAAACAAGGAGAUUAUUGACCCGAACCUGGGCUCAAGCAAGGCAUCAACAUUUCUAGAUAUUCAAGUCGCUGCCUUUAUCAAGCCUAAAAUCUCGUUGAGGACAAGCACUCUGAUCGGCUCAACAUUGUCAAUACCCUGCACCAUCCAAGGACGACCACGUCCUGUUGCACGCUGGUGCCAUAUCGGGCAAGAUGGCCGGUGUAAUGCUUUGGCAGCAUCCAAGGAC